CAGUGACCACGCAAUUGCAACUUUCUUUCAUCAAGCGACCAAAGGCCGAGCACUGUUCACUUCGUAAUCAGGCUUUCAAUUGUUUUUGUUUGCGUGGAGCUGGAUUUGAGGCUUAAUUUGUUGUCUAAUUACUGGAGAACAAUCUAGUCGAUUUUUAUUGGCCAUGGUAAGCUGUCUCGGGGUAAUUCGUUUCCUGGCCUGUGUUGCUGGUAUAGCUUUGUCAGUUUAUGCUCUCCAUGUGGAGAUAUCAAAGGAACACAAUAAAGAAUACAAAGCUCUCUGUGACAUCAAUGAACACAUGAGCUGCUCAAAAGUAUUUUCGUCAAAGUAUGGAACUGGUUUUGGCCUAGUGGAGCCACUCAUGGGGAAAGAUUCACCUCUCAAUGUUCCUAACAGUAUUUUUGGGAUUAUUUUCUACCUUUUGAUGUUUCUCCUUGGUCUGUCCUCCAACAAGUUUGCAGCCUGGCUGAUGUUCCUAUUUUCACUAAUGUCUUGUGCAGGAUCGAUAUAUCUAGGCUACAUUCUCUUCUACAUCUUACAUGACACAUGUGUUGUGUGUAUUUCAACAUAUGUGGUGAAUGCAAUCCUGUUGGUCAUUAGCCUGAUUACAGUAAGGUCUGCAGGGGAAAAAGGAGAUAGAAAAAAGAAAAAAGAAUAAGUAGUAUUAACCCUUUGACUCCCAUGAGUGACCAAGAGGGAAUUUCUCCUUACAGUGUCAAUUCAAUAUAAAGCAGACAAGUGAUGAGAGUAAAGAAGAAUGGCGAUUAGGAGAUUUUUGGUUGAUCCAAUACCAAAUUCUCCAAACUAAUAUCAUAAGAAUUGUAUGGCAGAUAGUAAGGAAAGUAAUUGAUGAGAUUUUGGGAGUGAAAGGGUUAACAAUUAUUUUUUUUAACAUAGAGGAAUUUUGUGAAAUGAUACUUGCCCUUCAAGAGAUGAUGUGUGUGAUCCAUUGCAAUAUUGAUACCAAAUAAAAAAAAAUUAAAAUUUCA